UUUUUUGUUACAGGGCAUGUCUCCAUACAAGUGGAAGUCAUGAAUAGAGAGCUACUGGUGUUGCCGGGACAAAAUGUGACGUUCAUGUGCAGAGUCGCCACACCUUUACAGUACUGCAGAGCCGAGAUUCCCGGUUUAAAUCCCAUAAAUUUGAGUCCCAAAAAGAAGGAUCCCCAGGUGUAUUAUGUUGGUGAUGGUCUUUCCAGGGGAGAAUGCGGUUUUGUGAUUAACAGAGUGCAGGAAACCAAUAAUGGGGAAGUUAAAUGUUCAAUUGGUAUUGAGGAAGAAUCGAAGGAAUCAUUCGGUGUGAUGCGCCUAAUAGUUGCAAGAGAACCUAAACAACCUGAGUUGGACCUCAGCAGAGGUACUGACAAAUUGUCAGUAUAUAAACUUGAUGAUGAGUUAUUGGCUUCUUGUAUUGUUAAAGAUGGUAGACCUGUUGCCAACAUAAGCUGGUUUUUGGACGGCGAACCUCUACCAGGAGACGAGUUAAGUAUGCCAACCAUCAUUGAUUUGGCCAAGGAAAAUUUACAUUCCCAAGUGCAAAAUUUGACAAGACGGUUGCAAGCUUCGGAUAAUGGAAAAAGUUUAAGAUGUGUUGCAUAUCACCCAGCCUAUCCAAAUGGAAGAUCGGAAACCAGUCGCCAAUUGGAUGUAAAAUACCCUCCUUUACCUCAACCCAACCCAAUCGAUUUGUUCGGUUACAAAAUCGGUCAAAUAGGUUCAAUUACGGUCGACGUGGAGGCCAAUCCAAAACCUCAAAUUGAAUGGACAGUCAAUGGACAAAAAAUUAGGGAGGGAUCUAGUGACAACACUGGAAGAAUAGAGGCUUCAAAUGCGCAAGAUUUGGGACAAGGAAAGUACAGGGUAGAUCUAAGAAUAGCAAAUAUAAAUAAGGAAGAUACUGAAAAGGUUUAUAUUUUGACUGCCUAUAAUGAUAUGGGAUCCCAGGAUUAUAGUACAAGAAUUUCAACUAGUCCCGAACCUGAAGGUCUUGAAAUUGGUCUUGGUUCCAUAAUUGGCAUUGUUGUGGCAGUAUGUGUCGUCAUUGUUGUUGUGGUAACACUGAUUUUUGCCAGAAUGACCGGCAAAUGGUGCUUUUCUGGUAGAAGGGAGAGACAUCUAGCAGAAUCCAGCGACACAGAAAGUACAGAUGUGAGACCGAAGGACAAAAAGCGCCAUCUAUCGCCAAUCAAACUGACCUCGUACUUCAAGAAAAACAAGGACAAAGUAGCGUCAGAGGAUGAACCGGAAACGAAAGAGAUGGACACGACUGAUGACGUCAAGGUUCCCAUAGACACCGACGACGAUAAAAAAAGCGACGAUCAGCCCAAGGAGGGUAUCGUCUACGCCGAAUUGGACUUGGUGAGUCCAAAUACAAGUCCACUGGUGAAAAACGACGACGACAAAACCGAGUACGCGGAAAUUGUGUAUACUCCUACAAAGGAGACUAAAGAUAAUACGGUUAAAAAGUAA